GCUUUCAUACCAACGGCAACAAUAAGAAUUGUUACAAUAAUCUAAGUAAAUAAAAACAAAACCAAAAUUAACAAAAUACAAGUGAAAGGCAACAACAGCUUGUUUGCACGUCGUCCCUUUAGUGUUUGUGUUUCUGUCUCACUGUGUGUCUGUGUGUGUGUGUGCUCGCGUGCACUCCUUCCGUUUCCGGCAAUCGCAACAAAUUUUUGCCUAAGCCAGUCGAACAGAGCAACAGACAGAGCAACAACAACAGCAGCGACAAACGCGCGCGCAACAAUCAAACGCCCACGCACACGUCCGCCUCGUGCCAAUCAGCCCCUGCAACGUGCCCGUCUGCCCCCACAACGCCAGCAGGACGAAGUCGUGACAGCGACAUGCGAAACGCGUAACAAAACAAAAUAUAACACAAAUACGCAACUGCCAAUCCAUGAUAAAGUGGAUGCAGACCGAGCAGUGCUAGAGGCAGGCCUGUGACCAAGAGGAAGCCCAAAAAAACGACCAAUUUGCUAACAAAAAGUCUUAAAAUUAAACUGCUGCAAACCGAAUGACUGAUUUUUCUGAACCUUUAAUACUUACCUCCUAACGAACUUUAUAUCAAUCUUAUCAAUCGACGUAACUGCGAAAGUCUCGCAGCAAAUACAUAUUUACAUCAUAGUUACUUAGGGCUACACGCGGAACAAACUAGAUAGAAGUAGUUAUAACUUUGACUAUUCGAAGAGAAGACGGACAUCGAUUGAUCGUGAGGCGAGGAGAGCAGAGAGGAAUGCAGCGCUGUCCCUAUCUACAUGAGAUGCGAGAACGUCUAUUGGAUCAGCCAAGGGAAACACUGCAACUGGAGAACAUGGAGCGAGCCAACUUGCUGGACAACCGCCAAUCCGCAACCGAGUCGAAUCAGGUCGGCACUGUGGUCAAGCUACAAGGCGAUGGAUAUCACACGAGCCCCGCCCACCAGCGGACUCCGCUAGUGCCCCACGAUUUGGGAGAGGAUUUCAAUUUGGAUUUCGAUGACGACUUUCCGAUCGAUGCCCGACGACCAAAAAACGCCAACGGCAAUCAUCCCCAGGUUCUGACGAAACCACAGAAAAGGGUUUGCUACACGUUCAAGCCAAAUCCAAAUAAGCACAGUUUUAUGCCAGCGAAAAUAACGGUGCUGGGCACAUAUGAAACAAAUCCGAUAACGGGACCCAUCGAACUAUGGACAUCGCUCUUCAUUGUGACCAGUUUGGUAUACGCGAUUCUCUUGAUCGUCGUAUGCAUUGCGUACGUGAUCAGCGAUGUGACCACACACCGACUGCCGGUGCUCUACUACGAGACGUUCUUCACAUACCUGUACGGCACCAGCAUACUCUUCCUGUUGUAUGUCUUUUGUUUUUUGCUGCAGGAGAGCUCGUGCUGUAAUGGCGGCAAUGGCGGCAGCAAACCGAAACCACAAGUCAAAGAAAAGAAGUCGAAGAAAACGAAGAAUGCAGAUCCGGCCGAUUCGAAGGAUGCGAAAGGCUCUAAGGACUCUGGAAAGGCUGGCAAAGGCGCCGCAUAUCAGGAAGCACCCGUGGAUGCCGAGGUGGCCGUCACCCCGAAGAACGUACGCAAGCGAAAGACCACGCACAGCGAUCUCACGCACGGAAGUUUCUUUCUGCGCGUUGGUGCCAUCGCUUUUGGACUGGGCGCCAUGAUCUAUAUUGGAUUGGAAUUUGGUUCGUUCUUCGAGAUACCCUUCGAUUCGCCCUGCCAUCAUAUUUUGAUCGGCGUCAAUCCAUUGCUCCAGAUGAUCUUCACCUUUAUGCAGAUGUACUUUAUAUUCAUGAAUGCACGGCUCAACAUACACCGGUUCAAGGUGAUCGCCCGCUUCGGCUUGAUGCACGUGGUGGCCACCAACAUCUGUGUGUGGAUACGCACUCUGGUGAAGGAGUCGCUGCUGGAGAUCACCAUCUAUCAUCAGAAGCGCGAAGCCGAUCCGGAAGCCUCGUCCAUUGCCCAUUCGAUCAGGCAGCAUGCGCUGCGUCAUGCUGGCACCGUCCUGCGCACCCAUACGGGCCCCAACAGCGAGUUCGAGGUGCUGGACGGUGAGGAUGUGCUGCCCAAGAACGUCUACAAGAGCGACAAUGUGCUGUCCAAGCUGGUGCGCAACACGGUCGACGGCAUCUCGAAGAGUCUGGGCAUGGGCGGCGACAUUAGCAGCACCACCAGCAGCACCACAACGACAACCACCCGGGCACCGUUCACCACACCCGGCUAUCAAUGGCACAGCACUACUAUGGCCCGCAAGCUGAAGAAGUUUAUCACUAGCACCACAGCUGCCACCAGCACCGUCGGCAGCAGCAGCACAAGCACCCCCAGCAGCACCACCACCACCUCCACCACCACCACCACAUCAACCACCGGCAUACCAUUUGGCAGCGCUGCAACAGCCGCCGACGCCUUUAGCACGACCAGCGAAACGCCUUUCAAUAGUCUGGAGCGCAUCUUCUCCAGCGUCGCCCCCUCUAGCCACGCGCCCGUCGAUGUGUCCGCGACAACGUUGCCCGCUGCCACAUCUGGCGUCUCCUCGUUCAUCAACAAUCUGGUCUCCAGCACCGCGCCGAGCCCAACCAUGGCCGCCAGCAGCACCGAGAGCGCCGUGAACAUUAUGAACAAUCUGUUUGGCCCCGGCAUGGAGAACAGCUUCCAAACGUAUUCGGAUCUGUCGCACGAGGAGGCCAACGGCUUGAUCGCCUUCGAGAAUCUGGAGAGCUUGGACAAUAUAUACCCGGCUGCGCUGUCUUCCAACAUUGGCACACUCAACUCCACCGCCUGUGGACGCAUUGACAUUAUGGGUACCAUCGUCUAUGACUCGGCGCCAUAUCUGUAUCCGUUUAUCAUUGAGUACUCGCUGAUCGGCGCUGUCGUUUUGUAUGUCAUGUGGAAGCACAUCGGUCGCUAUCCGGGCAGGCUGAACGAUGAGGAUCUCGAGCAUCGGCUCGAGGUGAUGCUGUCCCGUCGAGCCGUUGCCAUGGCGCAGCAGGCACGUUCCGGACGCGUCGACUGCGUUGGCUCGUCGAAGGGUCUGUUCUUUGGUCUGUUGCUGUUGGUGGGCGCGCUGAUUUGCUUGAUACUCUUCUUCGUCUUGGUGCGUCAUCAGCAGUUCUCGCUGUUGGCCAUAUACCUGGCCGAUGCCAGUCACUGCAUUCUAAUGGCCUUUGCCAUACUGGCCAUCAUAGUGGGCUUUAUCAGGGUGAAGAACUUGAAGUUCCGCUGCGAGGAACAAUCGAAUCUGAAUGACAUUUUGCUGCGCAUCUCUGCCUUUGGCCUGUUCACCUAUUCCGUGUUCAGCAUCAUUGCCGGCAGCCUCAAGGUGCUGGAGAGUGAGCCGAGCCUAUUGGUGACGACCACAGGCGGCGUUGCCGUCUUCCAGGUCAUAUUGCAGCUGCUCUUCAUAGCCGAUGUGUCGCGCCGUCGCGUCCACUUGCCGGAACAUGACCGCAGCAAGCCCGGCCGUCAGAUUGUCACCUUCUUGCUCAUCUGCAACGUGGCCAUGUUUGCCAUCUACACAUUCGAAGCUCAAAAAGUAUUCGCCAAUCCUGUAAGUAGAUAUGUGCAGUUGGAGUUCUACGGAUUUGUGCCCUGGUCGAUCAUUCAGCGCAUUACACUGCCCCUCUGCAUUUUCCACCGCUUCCACAGCGCCGUGACACUUGCCGAGAUCUGGAAGACCACCUACAAGGCGCGUUUGGAGUAAGCUGCUCUAACUGGACGGCUGUAGGCAAACCCACAAAGAAAGGUUAUUAAUGCACCAAAAAUAAAAACAAAAACAAAAACAAAACAAAACAAAAACAGCAACCAAAUAAAUAUG